AUGGGGGUGGCUGACAGCUUUAGGGCUUGGGCAACUUCAGCUUACACGCACGCACGCAACCCUCAGGCGGACGUACGUACGCACGUAAGCACGUGCACACGCACUCGCUGGCAGGCUCCCUACGCCCACCUUCCUCCAGGCGCAUGCGCGGCGUACGUACGCGCAAGCGCAGCUCUCGGAGACGCUGCUGGGCGGGAGCUUUGGUGUGUCAGGCGGCCAAUGGCUUUACCUGGAGCGGCGGCUGCUCGUGGGCCUAGGCUGAGGCUGAUGCGGAAAAAGCCGCCCGCGCCCCCCUCUUCCUCUUGCUCCGGGGCAGGCGGCGGGGGGCAGGAGGGCAGAACUUCAAACAUCCCCUCUUGGUUGGACCAAGAAGGGUUAAAUGAGUCUGAUGAAUUGUGGAGGCUGCUGGUAUUGAGAAGUGUGAACUCCAGUCUGCAUGAGGCCAGCCAGGAAAUGCCAGAUUUACCAGCAUUCUUUGACAAGAACACCAGGAAUGAUAAGAGCUCACAGCAACCAGCCCUCUUUAAAGUGGGGACAGAAGAGUUUCAGUGGACACCUUUCCCCCCUGCCUUCACAUUUGUUGGUCAGUUCAAAAACCCAGACUCUUCUCAUUUCACAAAAGGGAAACCUGCUCUGAUCCUCCAUGAACAAGCGCAGGGAGUGGGCCAGAGCAGCGGGCCUUCCUCCUGGGGGCCCUCUGCUGGGGGCCGCGAGAACCUGGAGCCAAGGCGUGACCAUGGAACUGGGGUGAAAAGGCCUUUGGAACGAAGGGACAGUGGCAUCGAGGCUUCGAAGAGCAGACUUCCACAGCGCAGGAAGAAACAGAGACUUUGGGGGGAGGGCGACGCCUCCUCCCCAGCAUCUCCCCAGACCCUCACCUCAGGGGUGAGCCGUCCAGGGUACUCUUCCUCUGAAGAGCCCAGGCACAGCCUUUGCUCAGAGGGUGCCAGAGUGGAAAAAGAUGCCGCCUCUGCUGCCGUGAGCCAGGGAAUAGUGGCACUUGAUAGCUGUCCGAUGUGCCAGGUCCCAUUUACUGGAAAGUUCUCCCAGCUGGAUAUUGAUAGCCAUCUUGCUAAAUGCUUGUCAGAGAGUAUUGAAGAUGUGACGUGGUAAACUUAGUAGGAACAGCUCACAAGAAAUCCAUUUAUAAAGUAGGAAUGACUAGAAUAUGACCUCCCCUACAGCAGAAUACGAGAUCACAAGAAAUGGCCCCAGGCACCCCUGGCCCUGUGUGUACACAUACUCUCCCUAGACUCUGGAUGCUCUGAAGAGCCCUUCCUAAGGCAUGCUUCCCCGAGUCAUCCCUGGAGUGUCCUGGGAGGCAGCGUCCUGGCUGGGAGGACUUCUUGACUCUGCCUUUUCACAGUAGACAAUAAAAAUUCCAUUUUGAAUAUUGAA